CGCGGAUGUGGCAGAUUGCAAAUUCAUGACCUUAGCAGCUUUAGCAAUCGCACGGAAGCAAUCAAUGGCCUGGUAGAGCGACCCGUACCCGAACAACCCAUAUCGCAGAUCCGGAUGGGGCUGGACCUCGGCACUUCUUCCGCGAUCCGCAGGGCUCGCGCAGCCGGCAAUGGCAGUUCGACCAUUGACCUAUAAACCACCCUUCUCAGCGCAGAGCUGUCCUUGAUGCAUUCCUCCCCGACCUCUACUGAUGCAUCACUUUUGACAGUCUUUCUUUGAGAAUGUCCUCUUUCCACGUUGUCGAGCACAAAAUCCCCUGUCAACACAUUCGAGAAUACCCGCGCGCAUUAGCCGGCCCACAAGAGGAUGUACUAUAUCUGUCCGUGAAACAAUACAUACCCAAAGACAACCCCAAUCCUCAACCUGGCGAUGUUACCAUCUUAGGCGCACAUGCCAAUGCCUUCCCUAAAGAGCUCUACGAGCCACUAUGGGACGAUAUCCAUGCGCGGUCAAAGAAGAAUGGCUUCCGCAUCAGGAGUAUAUGGAUCGCAGACGUCGCUCAACAGGGCCACAGCAGUGUCCUGAACGAGCAGCUGCUGGGGAAUGACCCGAAUUGGAAUGAUCAUCCUCGAGACCUGCUUCAUAUGAUCAACAUGAAAAGAGACCUGAUGCCUCGGCCGUUGAUAGGCAUCGGUCAUUCGAUGGGAGGAAAUCAUCUCGUGAAUCUAGCAUAUAUGCACCCGCGCCUUCUCACGACCCUCAUCCUCAUUGACCCCGUAAUCCAAGUAUACUCCAGCGUUGCGCCCGACGUAGGCCCUAGCCCAGCUCAGUUAUCCACAUUUCGCCGCGACGUCUGGUCUUCACGGGAAGAAGCUGCGAGGAGCUUCAAAUCCAGCAAAUUCUACCAGACAUGGGAUCCUAGGGUCCUGGAUCGUUGGGUCCAAUACGGUCUGCGAGAUAUGCCCACACUAAUACACCAAGAAGGACCACCCAAGGUCACACUAACAACACCACUUCAUCAAGAAGUCUUUACAUUCCUCCGGCCCAAUUAUGAAGGUUACGGAUGGCAGGGCAAGGCCGUUAACCGUAAAACUCACCCUGAUCUGAACCCGGCACUACCAACCAUAUACCCAUUCUACCGCUCCGAAGGACCCCAAGCAUUCUUCCGCCUUGAAGAGCUCCGGCCCAGCGUCCUGUACAUAUUCGGCGGCAAGUCCGACGUCGGCACGCCUGAGUCCUGCAAAGCCAAGAUGGACCAUACUGGCGUCGGCGUUGGUGGCAGCGGAGGCGCACCAGCCGGACGUGUACGAAGCGUCCUGUUUGACGACAUCGGCCACUUGAUCGCAAUGGAGGCUGUUGACCGGACCGCCGACAAUGCCGCUACUUGGCUAGGAAGCGAGAUGAAGAUCUGGAGGGAAGACGAAGAAGAGCACAACCGUACCUGGAAGUCGAAGCCCUUGGUCGAGAAACAGACCAUAGACGAGCAGUGGAAAAAGAUGAUUGGAGGUCCAUUGAGGAAGCCUAAAGGGCCGAAACUGUGAUCUCGGAGUUAGAACUGCAUUUUCACCAAACCAUGCUAGAAGGUCAGGAUCAUCUCUGUGCAUGUGUCCUACUAUGCAAAAUGAUCGAUUUGGCGACCAGACUUGCGCUGCAGCAUUGCAUUUAGAAGAUGAGAGCCAUAGAGUUGGUACCACGUUGUUCGGUAGAAAAUGCCAGCAGAAGGCAGCUCAUAGACGGAAACAAUGUCAGCUCAGAUAUAAC